CUGUAUCGCCCGCUGCCCCGCAGAGUCACGCCAAGCACAUCCACACACAAAUCUUCAAAGAUAAGAAAUAAUAAUAGAAUAGUUUUGCACUUUUAUCUAUUCUUUUUCCUCAGGGGAAAUUAUCUUCGUGGUUUGAUGGCAAUAAGUUCUUCUUGUUUUAGCAGUGUUGGAUGGAGUUCCAUUUCGUAUCCGGGCUCAAACACCGGAAAAUCUCUCUGCUUCAGGCAUAGUUCAGUGGGGUUAGCUUCCUCAGCCGAGGAAACUUCCAGGCCCUCGCUUCGUAUAUCGGCAAAUUCAGUCCAGAAAGCCCGAUUCGUUGCUCGGCGUAAAGAGUCUGUUUCGGUUCGCCAACUCCAACGGCCUCUAGUUGAGUAUAUGAGCUUGCCCGCGAGUCAGUACUCGGUGUUGGACGCGGAGCGGAUUGAGAGGGUGGAUGAAAACACGUUUAGGUGUUAUGUGUAUAGGAUUAAAUUCUUCUCGUUCGAGGUUUGCCCUGUUCUGCUUGUCAGAGUGGAAGAGCAGCCCGAUGGGUGUUGCAUUAGGCUCUUGUCCUGCAAGCUUGAGGGUUCGCCGAUUGUUGCUGCACAGAAUGACAAAUUUGACGCUUCUAUGGUGAACCAAAUAUCAUGUGAGAGCCACAAAAGCAACUCGUUGGUGCAACAACUGACCUCAGAUACUGUCAUUGAGGUUGGCAUUGAGGUUCCUUCGGCAUUUCGUCCAAUUCCAGUGCAAGCAAUUGAAUCAACUGGCACCCAAGUCCUUGAGCAAAUACUACGGAUUAUGCUACCCCGGUUUAUGGCACAGCUUGUGAAGGACUAUCAAGCAUGGGCUUCCGGUGAUGCUUCAAGGCAGCCUCUUGGGACAGGGAAAAAUCCAGCACAAUCUAUUGUCAAACGCGGCACAGAACGAGCGUCUUCCUCUUCGGGCUGUUGUGCAAGUUCUGUUCUUUGAGUAGUUUCAGCUUUGCUAAGCCAUCGCGGCAAUGCUCUUGUUGAAAACGAGGGAGAGGCGACCCAUCGAUAAUGUUAGACGUGGCUAUUGGGUUCUUUAGCCUGUCGGUGGUACAAGUUUUCAACGCCUUGUUUUUAUCUCAUUUGUUUGUUUCUUGCUUUGAAUAGAGAGAGAGAAGAGAGAAUUUUUUUUUUCUUUCCACCAUCAUUAUCAUGAAUUUUCGGGAGAGAGAGAGAGAGAGUGUGUGUGUUUGUGCCUCAAUCAUGCAUGCAUAGGAUUUUUUGUUUUUGUUGAGGUCGAUGGCCCAUGUUAUAGGUUGUUUUCCAGCCUCGUGACAAAACCUCAUGAGAACGAUAUAGUCCCACGUCCUCAACCGGCAAUAGUACCUGUAGAUGAGAUAUUAAACUUGAAUAAAAAAAAUAAAAAUAAAAUAAAAAGUGGCA